UGAGGAUUAAAAACCUGAUACAACUCACCCUUAAUUACUCGUGCUUAAUUGUUUUACUCCUAUGUUCGACAAACCGAGUUUUGUGCUUCAUAUUAUCAACAAGCAGAUCUCAUUCCAAUGAUGACUUUACGAGUCAGCAACCGAGUCACGCAGCUCCUAAAGUACCCAGCCACUCGCCAUGUUCGCAACGGGUGGAGAAUACAGGACUUACAAUUGACUGUCGUUCCUUACAGCUGACAGGUGUUUUACCUACCUGGUUUCCCCAGAAUACGAUGUCCAUUUUAUUAGAUAGCAACCAGUUGACCUCUGUACCCGCGACCUUUGACCACCUAAGUCAUCUUCGACGUCUCAGCUUGUCAUACAACAGCAUUACAGAUCUACAACCAGAUACUUUUUCAGGGCUAGGGCAGUUAGAAUAUCUAAAUCUCGAUUACAAUCCCUUAGAGAUACACCACAUGUCUAACGACACAUUCGCUUCUCUUGAAAAUCUGACUGAGUUGUCUAUGCUACAAGAUGUAAAACUGCCAAUUACACCCUACCCCAUUGAAGCGUUCUCAAGCAUUUUAAACUUGAAAUCAUUGACAGUAAGCGUUGAUUAUGAAUUACUCAAUUUCGGUGAAAAUUUCAGAAGUUUAAAGACAUUUUCUGAAUUAAAACUGAGAGGAAAUAUAAGAAAGGUAACAAAAGAUAGUUUUAUAAAUUUAAGAAAUCUCAAACUACUUGAUCUAAGCGUAAUUCGAACGAUAAAAGAAAUCGAUACUGGUGUUUUCCAACCACUGACAAAUUUAAACCAGCUUUAUAUCAGCGAUCUUCGAGUCCACCUUAAAGUAGUUCUUGCAAGUUUAAGUGGGCUAGUAGGCCAAUCCAUGGAUACCAUCGUCUUAGAUUAUGUUCGAUUUUUCGUCCAUGAUAGAUAUUCGGAUAUUCUUCAAGGUGACGGUAUCUUAAGCCGUAAACACACAAAAUAUUUGACACAGAUAUGUGUUGCUCAUGUCGCUUUAACUAAUUGUAAACUUUACAUCAUUCUAGACAAGGCUGUAACAAGUAAAACGUGGGAUCGUUGCCUGAAGAGCUUGGACCUUACAAAUAACCCUAUAAUGGGAACGAAAAUUGUCGUUUUACACUUGUUUAAGAUGAGUAACUUAGAGACGUUAAUCAUUCAUGACUACUCAAAACCACAGGCUGCUAAAAAUUCUCUGUUGAAAACUGAUUAUGGCAAUAUGUGCAGAACGUCUAACCCUACUCAAAACUACAACUUUAACUAUAAUCUAAACGAUAGUAGCUACAUGUUCACGUCUAAUAUUAGCAACGGGUAUAAGUUAUACAUUUCCAAGUCUCUUCGAUGUUUAAACUUUGGAAAUUUAAUCACGGAUUUUUCGAUUGAAUCGAAUGGAACGUUUGUAUACGCUGAUAAUCUCGUUUAUCUAGAUGUAUCGGAUGGCGGCGGGUCAAUGUUUACCCAUCACCUACACGGACUGACAAAUAUAAAAGCUCUUAUUCUAUCAGGCAGUGAACUUACUGUCAUCAACAGAACAUUCUUCGACACGAUGCCAAGUUUAGAGACACUGGACUUGUCAAGUUGUCAGCUCAUUGGUCAGUUUAUGGCAGAGUCUGGAGGAAGAUUGUUCCAGAAUCUUCAAUAUUUAAAGCAGCUUGAUCUGUCUUUUAAUCAACUGGCGUUUCUUAGCCCUGAAAUUUUCUCCAAAAAUGUCAAUCUCAAAGAGCUUUUUCUUGCAGGAAACAGGUUCAAGAAAAUUCCAUUUAGUUUGAAGAACACUCCUAGGCUGAGUGUCUUGGACAUGAGAUUUAAUGAAUUGACGAGACUUCCUGUCGAAAUAAGAAAUAAUUUGGACCAAAUUUUUAAAGAAAACAAGGAGUUCAGCUUUUAUUUAGAAGGAAAUGUUUUAUCUUGUGGAUGCCAUGACAUCCAAUUCUUACAGUGGAUACAGUUGACAGUUGUAAAUAUGGAUAUGUUCAGGAACUAUUCGUGCGUUGAUAACGAUGGAGUUUUAACAUACACGACAGCUCUUUCAGAUCUACAAAUUUACUGGCGUCAGUGUUGGGGAACAUUUUUCCUGUAUCUUUCUGUGAUCCUGUUUUGCUUGCUUAUCAUUGGAUUUGUGUUGUGUUUUUUUGUUACCAAGUACAAAACGUACAUCAUUUCUGGGCUGCUGAAUUUGUUUAGUGAAACCUUUCUAAAGAAACCUUCCAACUACGAGAUUGGUGUCUUCAUUGGUUAUGCUGAUAGAGAUUACCAGUUAGCUUGUCAUGACCUCAGGCAGUUUAUCGAGGCCACGCUGGGGUUAACGACCUUUAUUCGUGACCGUGACCUCUCACCUUCAACCGACCUGGCGUCUGGGAUUAUCGAUGCUAUAAAUAGAAGUUGGCGCGUGCUUCUGGUCGUGAACGAAACUUUUCUCUCGCAAGACGAUUGGUUCCUCUACACAUGCAGGUCAGCCAUAUCCAACCUGACGCCCGCUAAUCCUAAUCUUAUUGUGAUUAUGGUUGACAGCCAGUUACGUCAUCGUUUACCACGUGACAUCCUGGGGGCGGUGUCUGAGGAAAACAUCAUCGUCAUGAACGAGGGGAGGAGACUCAAGUAUGACGUCACGGAUAAGCUGAGAACUCGAUUACUAGCCUAA